AUGGUAAAAGCAGUUCCGGCAAACCAGAUCGCUUACAAAUCAGGCACGCUCGUGAAAUGCGAUCCAUCCAUCAAAGCUUUGAUCCUGAAUAUCGACAAAGACACCGGCAACAGAUACGUUAUCGAAGACCUCGGCGAUGAAGAGCACCUGCUGGUCAAGAACGACCAGAUACACGACUUGAAGAAGAGAGUACAGGAGGUAGGUAUUCUCAUUCGCAUUCUGGACCUGGUUGCUAAUGCAUCACAGGAAAUCUCAAAGCGCAUCGAAACCCGAAAGGAUGAAGAAGAGGAGUAG